GAUAUUUUAUUGUUCAGUCAGAUCUAUGGGGCAGAAAUCGAGAUGAAGGUCAGACCAGGAGACAACAUCACUUUCUACUGCGACCGUCCUUUAACUGGUGGUUUGGGCAUUGUGUGGAUAAAAAACAGUUCUUAUGAAUUUCAGCCAUCUCUCAUAAUAGAUUAUCGGAAAUCAAAUAAAGAGUCCUUUAGUCGUUUCAGUUUUCCUAAAAACUCCAACAUUAAUUCUUUUGAUCUACACAUUACUAACAUUACAAUCUUUGAUCUGGGACUGUACUACUGUGCUGAAUAUGACAAAAAGUUAGAUAAAGAUGAAGAAGGCCUGAUAUACUCAUCUGAUGUGUAUUAUUAUGGAAACCGAACAACUCGUCUUUCUCUCGCUGUAACUUCAUGUUCUGGAGACUCCAGCAGCACCGUCUCUCCUCCUCCUCCUGUAUCAGACUGUUUCCUCUGCUGGAUGCUGCUGGUCAGUGUUUGUGUUGUGUGUUUUCUCCUCUGCUUCAUCUGUGUCUACUGCUUCUGUCAGAGGAAAACUACAGGUCUUGAGAGUGCAAAGAUGUUCACAGUAAAUGUUAUGAAGAUGGAUCAGACAGAGAAACAUCAAUGUGAGAUGAGUACGACUGGAAAGUUCUGUCAUCAUUCUGAAGUCACUUACAGACUCCUGCCACAUCACUAUGAAAAGAUGUGAAUCUCUCUGAUCAGUUUAUGUAAACUCAGCUUUCGCAAGCAGAAACUGCAUACUGCAGUCGAUUUGUACUCAGCUAUCUCAGAUCUUACUUACACAUUUCAGGUACAAAUACAUAAACUACCAAACAAGGAAUAUACAGUAGUGAACAACUGAUUUACAUAU